AUGGUGCUCCGCGAGCUUCAUGAACAUGUGUGUGUCGGCCCCAUGCCACUGGGUGCCGUCAACAUCGCAAAUCUUCCUCUCCGCGCGUUCUCAUCGCCAGGCCAGCUCAUGACGCACCUCCUUGAUGUCUCUCAUGACGUUCCAAAAACCGACCUGGACAUUGACAAUCUCAAGGGGAUUUUCAAGAACAAGGCAUGGAGCGACCUUCCUGUUGUCAUGAAGCUAAAGGGCAAUCCCAAUUUUGACUACAAGACGCAGUACUUCAUUCAGGAGCAGUCGAAUGGCAACUACACGCUCAUCAAGCACGUCUACUUGACUAAGCAGAGAUUCCCGCAAGCUAAGGUAGAAGCGUGUGCUAUGGGCAAGCUCUACGAAAUUGCUUGGGGUCACGGAAAUUGUCUGGCACGACUACAGGCCUGA